GCUCUCCUUCAAAUCGCUAUAAGACCCUAAACCAUCUGUCCUCUUCUACUCCUCUCCAUCAAUCUAUUUUCAUUCCUUCGGCCUAGUUUUUGACGAAACAGAAAGAAACCCAACAUUUUACCAGGAAAACCUGGAAAUGUUUUCGAUUAGAUCAAUCUUUAGACCACAACAACUAAGACCCUCUUCUCUUUUCUCAUUGCAUUCUUCCUAUUCAUCUUCUUCUUCUUCUUCUUCAGCUUCAGCUGCUGCAGUUCAGGCAGACAGAACUAUCAGAGAAGGUCCAAGAAAUGAUUGGAUCCGUCAAGAUAUCAAGGAUAUUUAUGACUCACCUCUUCUUGAUCUCCUUUUCCAUGGAGCACAAGUUCAUAGACAUGCUCAAAACUUUAGAGAAGUACAGCAGUGUACUCUUCUUUCUAUUAAGACUGGCGGAUGUAGUGAGGAUUGUUCGUAUUGUCCUCAAUCUUCACGAUAUAGCACUGGAGUUAAAGCUCAAAAGCUUAUGACCAAGGAGGAUGUUAUGGAGGCAGCCAAAAAGGCAAAAGAAGCUGGUAGCACACGUUUUUGUAUGGGUGCUGCAUGGAGGGACACAAUAGGAAGGAAGACCAAUUUUAACCAGAUCCUAGAUUACGUGAAAGAAAUAAGGGAUAUGGGCAUGGAAGUUUGCUGUACUCUAGGCAUGCUAGAGAAACAACAGGCUCAAGAACUCAAGAAAGCUGGUCUUACUGCUUAUAAUCAUAACCUUGACACCUCGAGAGAAUAUUACCCGAAUAUUAUCACAACAAGAACGUAUGAUGAACGCUUGAAAACCCUUGAAUAUGUCCGAGAAGCAGGAAUCAAUGUCUGCUCAG